AUGUUUCCCUCUGUUCAGCUAAAGAGAAGCACGCUCUUGAGGCUCUCCAAGAUUCUUUCCCUGUCCGCUGUCACGUCCAGGGGAAAAGCGCAGGAGUUGAUUAAAAAUGGAAAAGUGAAGGUGAAUAACCAAGUGGUGCGUCAGAAUGUCGUCGUAGACAUAAACUCAGCCAUCGAACUGGACGGCAAGCCAAUCCUUGUUGAUGUCACAACCAAACUGUGGGGUAUCUACAAGCCCAAACAUGUGUUUUGCAGCUCGGAGACAAAUUACGAAUAUGAGGAGAAGAAGCAGGCUCUAAAGAUUGCUCCCCCCCACGAGUUGUUGCCAUGUGGGAGGUUACCAGAGAGGGGUAGUUAUUCCACUACGCAAUUGGAACCUGGAGAUAUGCGGAAAACCUUUCUUCCUGAAGGAAGGAGCCAAAUAGUUCAGGCAAGAAGAAGUGAUCAUUACCAAGGGUAUUCAGGAAAGGUGGAUGAAAGAUUAAGGAUGUUAAAUUGGAAGGAAGAUAUUGUUAGGUAUCCACCCGAAGUGAGAAGGAACCCAGACGAAUUGGAGAAACCCUCGCGGAGUGAACCCCAAAAGCUAAAUACAAACCUUUUUGAUUUUAUAAGAAAAAAGAACAAGGCAUAUGAAACGAAAAAUAAUAUCGCGAAUGAUAUCCCGGAACAUCUCAUCGUAGUGAACAGUUUAAGUGCAUCCAGUGAAGGAUUGGUGCUACUAACAAAUGAUGGAGACUUCGCAAGAAAUUUAAAAGGCAUAGAAAACAACAUUAUCACUUCGUACAUCGUAAAGGUGAAGGAAGAACUCACAAAUGAAAAAAUAAAAUUAAUUGAAAAAGGUUGUAACGUUGGUGAUGUACACAUAAGACCACUAGAUGUGCAUGUUAUCAAACAACAUUCUUCCUCCCCCAAAUGGAUCAAACUUACUUACGUAGAAAAAUCACACACAUAUUUAAACCUUCUUUUUUCGAAAUAUGGCUUAACCAUUAGGAAGUGUAAACGUUUUUCCUUUGGCCCGUAUAAAGCAUCGGAUCUCUCAGAGAAUUUUCUCACGCCGAUAAAAAUACACAGUACACUCUCUCACCUAAUCCCCAAGUACUCUCCAAAAUUGAUUCUCGCACAACCCACUGGAAAUGUUCUAACGGAUGAAUGUGAUAAAUUCGUCCUCGUUAAGGAUUAUCUGAAAAAUUCUGUAAUUCGGGGGGUGACACACCAGACAACUAUAAAUGGCGACGAAGUUACAUGA